CUGGUAAGAAAAGAGUGUUUGUUUUGAGGCAAAUAGCCUAUGUGAGAGAGUUUUUUGCUCCCCUGUACUUUAUUCCCCUUCAAAUUUGAUAUACUACUACCACUACUACUACUUUGCCUUGUUAACCAGAACAAGGUAUUGAAAAUAACAACAUUUACUUAGUCCCCACAAAGCUCUCUCUCUCUCUCUCUCUCUCUCUCUCUCUCUGUAACAUUGUCUUCUUCUUCUUCUUCUACAAUUCUUGAAUCCAACAGUCAUUAAAUUCUGUCUUCCUCUUUUGGGUUCUUGGUUCCUUUAUUAUUUCCUCUAUAUGUAUUUGGACUAGCCAAACAAGUAAAUCCCAACAAGGGUUGUCUCAAUUUCUACUCUGUGUUUCUAUACACAAGCAUAUACAAUGUAUACCAACUGUCACAUCUUCCUUAUCCAGAAUUACUUUCUUUUCAUUACUUGAAUGAAACUCUGGGACCUAUUUGAGUAUAAUCACCUAAUGUUCUGUGUUUUUCUUGAUUCUUGAUCUUUAAACUUCAUUGAAUUGAAAAGAAAAUCCCAAAUUUGUUUACUCGUUGAUCUUAUUCAAAUCCAUUUUGGGAAUAAAAUCAAGAAAUUUCAAUCUGUAGAGUAACAAGGACUAGAAAGAUUCGAUCUUUAUCCCCACAAUUAUUGUACAUUCUCAUCGUAUGAAGUUGUGAUACAAUGAGAGAUGGGAGCUCUAAGAAAACCAAGCUUUCGUGGCCCAAGAGUCUGGUAAAGAAAUGGUUCAAUAUAAAGAACAAAGCUGAUGAUUUCCAAGCUGAUGAUAUUGUCAAUGGAGGUGCUGAUGAUGAAUGGAGGAACAACUUCUCAGAGAGGCAGGCACAGGCACCCACUAUCAAGAAAAGCAAAACAGACAAGUCGAACAGAAGGAAUGCUGAUCGUUUUCAUCGAAGGAAGAUUGACCUUGACACUUCAGAGGUUACAGAUGUGAAUAAUUACCGGAUCUUUGUAGCGACAUGGAAUGUGGCUGGAAAAUCUCCACCUAGUAAUUUAAGUCUUGAUGAUUGGCUUCAUACAUCACCUCCUGCUGACAUCUAUGUUCUCGGGUUUCAAGAAAUUGUUCCUUUGAACGCUGGUAAUGUUUUGGGCACAGAAGAUAAUGGCCCAGCUAGAAAAUGGCUAGCACUCAUCCGAAAAACUCUGAACAGUCUUCCCGAAACAAGUGGUGGUUAUCGUACCCCAUCUCCGGUUCCGAAUCCUGUCGUUGAGCUAGAUGCUGACUUUGAGGGAUCGAUAAGAGAAGAAGUCGCCCCGUCUAAUUUCUUCCAUCGCCGCUCAUUUCAGACACUAAGCCGUAGCAUGAGAGCAGUGGAGAGUGAAAUGUCAAUGCCACGGGAGGCUCAACUUGAUAGGCGAUUUAGUGUUUGUGAUAGAGGUGUCUUUGGGGGAAGGCCAAGUGAUUAUGAUCCAUAUGCCCAAUGGGGUGGUUCCUCUGAUGAUGAAAAUGAAAAUGGUCCAGAUGAUUCACCGGUUACAACCCACUAUUCCCCAAUUUCAUAUAGUGGUUCCGUUUCUUUAGAGGACAGAGACAGACAACCAUUGCAAUCAAGAUACUGUCUUGUUGCGAGUAAGCAAAUGGUCGGGAUAUUUCUAACUAUUUGGAUUAGAAGUGAUUUAAGAGACGAUGUUCGCAACCUGAAAGUAUCUUGUGUUGGCAGAGGAUUGAUGGGUUAUCUUGGGAACAAGGGCUCAAUCUCAGUUAGCAUGUCACUGCACCAAACAAGCUUCUGCUUUAUUUGUAGUCAUUUAACAUCUGGACAAAAAGAGGGAGACGAGCUGCGGAGAAACUCUGAUGUCUUGGAGAUUCUUAAGAAAACAAGGUUUCCAAGGGUUCAUGGCAUAGGAGAUGACAACUCUCCUCAAACAAUCCUCGAGCAUGAUCGGAUUAUAUGGCUUGGGGAUUUGAACUAUCGGAUUGCCUUGUCUUACCGAACUGCCAAGGCACUUGUGGAGAUGCAUAAUUGGAGGGUGCUGUUAGCAAAUGAUCAGCUACGGAUAGAGCAGAGGAUGGGACGCGUUUUUAAUGGAUGGAGUGAAGGAAGAAUAUACUUCCCCCCGACAUACAAGUAUUCAAGUAAUUCAGACAGAUAUGCAGGAGAGGACACACACCCAAAAGAGAAACGAAGAACCCCUGCUUGGUGUGAUCGAAUAUUAUGGUAUGGUCAAGGCUUAUAUCAAAUAUCAUAUGUUCGUGGAGAGUCCAGAUUCUCAGACCAUAGACCAGUUUAUAGUAUAUUCUUGGUUGAGGUCGAGUCCAUCAACCGCCAUCGUAUAAAGAAAAAUUUGAGUUGCGCUGGCUCUAGGGUUGAAGUUGAAGAGUUAUUACCGCAUUCAUAUGGAUAUGGAGGAUAUUAUUACUAAUGUUCAAAUGAAGUAUCCUAUUUCAGAACUCCAUAUUCAGCAGAUGCUUUUAGGCCAGUAAGUCAAGACAUGCAGUUUUGGACCUAAUGCUGCAGAAUUUAGAGGAAAAUUAUUAGCAAGACUCUGCAAAAUGAGAGGACUUCAGAAGGGAUGAGUUUGCUAUCUGAUAAAUCUGCAUUUGUUCUACCUCGAAUCAGAUUUCAGGAGUGGAGCAGAGCAGUUCUGCCAGAUAUAAGAAGAUUCUUGCUGGAAUUUGUUUAUUUGGAUAUGGUUACAGACAAGCAAGAAGUAAUUACACAGAUUCAGAAAUGCAACAUCGAUCAAUUGUUAUACCUCUGAAUGCAAGAGAUAUUAGUUGUUUCAGAGACUCUUGAGAAGUGCUAUGGCCUAAGCGAAGAAUUAGCUCGGAUGCAUAUCAACUUUCUCAGGGUUCUUCAGCUCUUUUGAGGAUUUAAAAAAGAACAUCCUGAUAAAAAAUGUAUGAUGAAAGUUGAUGCAUAGAGAGUCCUUCCACUUUUUAUUUUUUGUGUGGUGGGGAGUGAUAGGUUGUUUUUGUCCUUCAUUCUAUUUGAAGAAAAAGAAACUUUGGCGUGUACUUAUUGCCACAGACAAAUAAGGAGAGAUGAAGAUAUGUUAGGGGGAAUCAAUGACAUUACUGAAAAGCAACGUUUUCCUGAAAAGAAAAAGGAAUCACAGUUUGCUUGGAUGCUUAUUUCUAUUGCUCUACAUGAUCUUUUUACUGUUCUCUUUUUUCUUGUUCAAUUGAUGAGUUUGUAUGUUUGUGGAUGGUCCUCAAGGCAAACUGAAAAAUGGUAGCAAGUGUUUAUUACAACUUAACCAGUGUACUAUUGAAAUUCUGUGGAAAGCACAAAGUAGGGAUUGUGCUUUCUCUCACAUA